AUGUUUGGAGUUUUACUGUCUUUACUUGCCUAUACUACAAAAUUAGGUGUUACUAUAGAUUUCCCAUGUGUAUCACCUGUUCCUCUUGGUGAUGAAAAAGUAGAAGCAGUGAACCCUCUGCCAAAUAUGACUCUAAAACAGAUGAUUGUGUUGACUCGUCACGGUGCACGCAGUCCAAUCGAUUCUUAUUCGCAAAAUGAGACAGAAGACUGGUAUUGCGAUGAUGAUAAUCAACAUGCUUGGGCUCCAAGGUAUCAAGCUGCCGGUGGAAGCAUUUUCAGACGUUUUCAUCAGAAAUUAGAUCCUACUACACUUAGAUUCAAGCCAUCAUGCCCACCAGGAGGCUUAAUUACAGAUGGAAUGAGACAACACUACCAACUUGGUUCAUUUUUCAGAAAAAUAUACGUAAAUCAGCUUAAAUUCUUACCGGAAUACUAUGAUCCAACACAAAUCUACGUUAGAUCAUCAGAAGUCGAUAGAUGCGUUAGAUCUGCAAUUUCUUUCAUGAAUGGCUUAUAUCCAGCUGCCACUCCCGAUGAAAUGGUCACAAUAGAAACAGGUCACGCUACUCUCGAGAUGCUUCACCCUCAAACUUCUCAAUGCAAAGAUCUUAAGCAAGCCUGGGACAAUUGGGUCAAAACAUAUGACUAUUUACAGCAUAAGAACGAAGCUACUCCAUACCUUAAGCCUCUUGCAGACGCUGUAAACAUUGAUUUCUACAAAUCUGAGGCAACAUGGAUGUUUAUUGGAGAUUGGAUGGCCACAAUUGCAUGCACAUCACACCAGCUUCCAGACCUAGUUAAUGAUACCGUUCUUACUUACGGAAUGAAAGCCGUCGAAUUUUAUUCGCACGGAUUCUUCAAAUACGCAAGAGGAGUUGCCGGUUCAGCCAUUAUGCGCGAAAUCCUCCGUAUUGUUGAUAACCGUUUGGCCGGAAAGAACAAUUACAAGUUUGCCCUUCUCAGCGCUCACGAUGUGUCAAUUGUUGCUGCUCUUACACUCCUUGGCUACGAUAACCCCCAUUGGUCACCUUUCCGCUCUUAUAUGGUCACUCAGAUCUGGGAAGAUCAGAAUGAGCAGUUGUACAUCAGAUUUGUUUAUAAUAACCAGCCAGUCAAGAUUAACUUCAUGGAAAAUGAAUCUCUUGUUAAACUUACUAGAUUCAGGAGUCGUGUUGCAGGAUAUCUCGAUCACUGCAGAGAACUCCCGUAA